AUAUAUAAGUAUAUCAUCAAACUUCCUCUCAUUUCUCUACAUCAAACUCAAUUAUCUUCUUAUACUUUACACCAUCAAGUACCAGCAAUAUGAGAACGAUGGUAGACUUGGGAAGAGAAAGAAGCAGCCAUCUGCGAGUCAUUAACUCUCCGACCAACGUUGACUGUGCCCGUGAAGUCCGUCUCCGACGAACCCUACGUUCCCUUAUCGAGUGCUUAAUCCCAUACUGUUGCACUUACCAAUCUCCUCCCUCCGACCAAGACGACACCGUCUCUUCCUCUUCCUCCGACAAAACCGGUGCAGUUAUUACCGGAACUUUCUUCGGUCACCGUCAUGGCCACGUCAGCUUCUGCCUCCAAGACGACACUCAUCCGUUGUCUCGGCCACCUCUCCUCCUACUCGAGCUAGCCGUUCCUACGGCGGCUCUAGCUCGUGAGAUGGAGGAGGGAUUUCUCAGAAUCGCUCUCCGGAGCAAAAGCAACCGCCGGUCUAAUAUCUUAGACGUGCCGGUUUGGUCUAUGUACUGCAACGGAAGGAAAGUUGGGUUCGCCGUGAAGAGAGAGGUAACUGAAAACGACGUCGUGUUUCUCCGGUUGAUGAAGUCUGUUUCCGUUGGCGCAGGGGUGGUUCCAAACGGUGAGACGUUGUAUUUGAGGGCGAAGUUUGAGCGAGUCACGGGGUCUAGUGACUCGGAUGCGUUUCAUAUGGUUAACCCAGAGGGUAGCUAUGGACAGGAGCUUAGCAUUUUUCUUUUGAGAUCGUGAUAUACUUGUGAACUUGGGAUUAUGAAAAAAUCUAGUUCUUAUGAUGUGUUAUUUAGUGUUCGGUUUUGUGUAUAUUUUAAAACGUUGGUUUAGUUACAAAUAGUGUUUACUGUUAUAUAGUUUAUAUAUCUCGGUGGUAUAUUGUAACAGUGUGUGGAUAUCCUCAGAUAAUUUUUAGAUAAUGGUGGAAUAAGUUAUAGAUCC